UUUUUUUUUGCUUUUAAACAGGAAAUUGUUUGAAAUGGCGCCAAAGAAAGCCAAUGAACUCCAGAUUCGCAGUGAUAAAAGCCAGUUUGCUGGGUGGAAAUUCGCUGGCGUCAUUUCAAUCUUUUUUGCAUUUAUCGGGUUAUACGUGCAUCAGCGUUUGCACCAUGUGCCAGAUUUGCCGGAAUUUGACCCAGAUUUCUGGUUUGGACCCGGGAUUAAGCCAAAGUCAGUUGAUGAAUCCAUACGGGAUUUCAAAAUUGACAUCAGUGCUGACAUUCUGGACGACUGGAAAGCCAGACUCGAAUUGCCCAGUCGACUGAGAAAACCUUUGGAAGAUGUGGGCUUUGAGUAUGGAUUCAAUACAGAUUACCUUUCAAAAGUGAGGAAACAUUGGCUAGAGAACUAUAGCUGGGGAAAGGAACAAGAAAAGCUCAACAAAUAUCCUCAGUUCAAAACACAAAUCAAUGGAAUGGACAUUCAUUUCCAAAGGAUCAAGCCCAGUGAUUUUGGCAGAACUGUGACCAAUGAUAAACCUGUGUUGCCACUGUUGCUGCUUCAUGGCUGGCCAGGUAGUUUUGUUGAGUUCCAGAAGGCAAUCCCACUUUUGAUGGACACCUCAGAUUCACCCUUUGAUCUGGAGCUUAUUAUUCCCAGCUUGCCAGGCUAUGGCUUCUCUGAUCCAGCUUCCAAACCAGGACUUGGAGACACAGAGGUUGCCAUUGUCAUGAACAAUCUGAUGACCAGGCUCAAGUUUGACAAGUACUACCUUCAGGGUGGAGACUGGGGAGCUGCCAUCACAAACAUCAUGUCUACCCUGUAUCCAGAUAGGAUUCUAGGGGCACAUGUGAACAUGGCUGCUGUGGCAUCUGGAAGGAAUUUCUUGAACUGGGGUCUUGCAGCCAUUCUUCCCAAAUCCUGGUUCAUGGACCCAGAGCAAGUCUUCAUGAUGUUCCCCAUGGGAGAAAAGCUCAAGACCUUGAUGUUGGAGUUUGGGUACAUGCACUUGCAGUCCACCAAACCUGAUACUGUUGGACUACCACCCCUGGAGUCCGAGGUCAAUUACUCUCUGGAUGACAUGCUGACCAAUGUCAUGGUCUACUGGGUCACCAACUCCAUCACAACUUCCAUGCGUCUUUACUCCGAGUCCAUGAACAUCAGGAAUCUCGGUUACGCCAUUGACGAGAUUCCUUGCCAUGUUCCCUACGGUGCAGCUGUUUUCCCUCAUGAAAUCUUCAUGCAUCCAGAGACUUUCUUGGCUGACAAGUUCAAGAACAUCGUGUCGUAUCAAGUUAUGCCCAGAGGGGGUCAUUUUGCGGCAUUUGAAGAACCCGAGUUGCUUUCGGACCAUGUCAAGAAGUUCAUCGGACUCGUGGAAGAAUCGCGGGUCUCAGCAGAGAAGAAAAAUUCGUGA